AUGCAAUUUCUCGUGGUGAUUACGAGCUUGGCUGCCCUGGCACGCGCCCAGCUCCUGGGAAUACCGACAGUGCCGUUCAACAUCUCCUCUGAACGGACAUUCGACUUGAGCAAGGUCCACACCGUCGUCGUCGACCUUGCCCACUCGUCUGCCCGCGAUGAAGAUGGCCUCACCUUGAUUCCUGCCACCCUGUGGGAGUUUGCAGAGACGUUUCGAGAUGAUCUGGCCGGCAUUGGCAUCGACACCGUCUUGCUUCCCGGAUCCAAGGCCAUUGCAGAUUCCAUCUAUCUCACGCUGGACCACGACAAGUCACAAUUUGUCAACGCUGCGGGGAACAUGACUUCUGAGGGCUACCGCCUCUCCGUGACUUCUUCAGGAGUUACUGUCAGCGGUGCCAGCCCCCUUGGAGCCUGGUGGGGGACCCGAACAGUCUUGCAGCAAGCGUUGAUCAACGGCAAGAAGCUCAAGCUGGGAACGGGCGUCGACUCUCCCGGAUGGUCAGAGAGAGGCAUGAUGCUCGAUGUUGGCCGCCACUAUUACCCAGCCGACUUUCUCGCAGAAAUGUGCUCCUACCUCUCGUUUUUCAAGCAGAACGUCUUCCAUCUUCACCUCAGCGACCACGUCUGGGAUCCCGCCAAGCUCGGCUCUCACGAACUCGCUCUCCAGCUCUACGCGGCGUUCCGAGUCGAUUCCACCGACCCAGCAGUUGCUGGCCUCGCCCGCCCCGUCAACGAGACAUACAGCCCGUCCGAUUUCGAUACGCUGCAGCAAAAGUGUGCUCAGCGUGGCGUGACCAUCUUGCCCGAGCUCGAAUCGCCGGGGCACUCGAUGGCGACAACUGACUGGAGGCCCGAGAUUGCGCUCUCGGACUUUAGCAUGCUCAACCUGAGCCAUCCGGAGACGCUUCCCACAGUCAAGUCGUACUGGAAGGCCGUCAUCAACAACUUCCACUCCAAGAUUGUCCACAUCGGGGCAGACGAGUACGACAGCAACUACAUCAACGAGUACAGCACGUUCGUCAACGACAUGAGCGCCUACAUCCAGUCCAUCUCUGGGAAGAGCACUCGCAUCUGGGGCACGUUCCCACCCUCGUCUGCCCCUGGCUCCGUCAACGUGGACAAGGACGUGACGAUCCAGCAUUGGCAGAUUGGCCAAGACAACGGCCUCUUCGACUUUAUCGACAACGGAUACAACAUUGUCAACAGCGAUGACUACUUUUACCUCGAUGUCAAGUAUUCUGACGGCAACGUCUAUCCCAAGGAGCUCGAUAUCCAGCGCGUAUUUCACGGCAGCCCGGACGGCAGUGCUUUUGCACCCAACAUCCUCGACAACGCCAACGCGACGAACAAUCCCCCUCGAGACAGCCCUAACGUGCUUGGCCAUCUAGCUGUGGUAUGGAACGACUGGGGCCCCAAUGCCAGCACCUACCACGAGGCGUACUACAUGGUCCGUAACGGCCUGCCGGCUCUGGCCGACAAGCAAUGGGGCGGCUCGCUGCAGGAGAAGGACUAUGCCGGUCUAUUCGCGACUCUGCAGCCAGCCGUGCCGGGUCAAAACCUCGACCAGCGAAUCCCUUCCAAGGGCUCGACCAUUGUAACUUACAAUUUCGCCCAGGGUGGUCUCUCGUCGGCGCUUGCUGUCUUUGAUGGUUCUGGAAAUAACUAUCACGGGCAUCUCGAAGACGGAGCCUAUGUGAGCGGCGGCGCUCUCCAGCUCAACGGCCGCGGAGCCUGUCUCAAGACUCCUUUGACAAGCAAGGGACGCAACUACACGCUUUCCUUCUCUGUGCUGCCCAAGGCUCACGGCGGUGCGCUCUUCUCCGGCCCGGACAGCAGCUUUCUCAACGGCAACGGCACGUCAACCAACCUCAUGCUCGUCUCUCACAACAUUGCCUAUCCGGUCAACCUGACCUUGCCGCUGAACAAGUGGAGCGACGUCACGGUCCAGGGCAUCGGUCCUCAGACGUUCAUCUCGGUGGGCGAGCAGCGCCAGGAGGUGAUGAUUCUGAUGGGUAUCUGGGGAGGAUACAUGCAGGAGGGACCGAUGGCGAUUGAAGCGCCGAUUCAGACGAUUGGACAGGGUUUGAAUGGACAGAUGAAGAAUAUUAAGCUUUCCAGCGAUGUAUAA